AUGGUUCUAUCACAGGGAGGCGAUCAGGGGUCCGACAAGAGGCCUCGUCAUUCAGGAAGAUUCAGUGGUGACUCGUCUGGAGACAGGGAUUCUUUUGGUGGCCGUGGUUCUCAUAUUCAGUAUUCUGAUCAACAGUCCUACAAUGCAUAUCCAGCUCCUAUCAGUGCACCUCCGCUCCAAAGCUUUCAGGGUCGUCAGUUCCAGCAGCAGAAGGCUUAUGGCAAGGCAUCAACCAUGGUAAAAAUAUCAUGUGCUCCUGGCAUGGCUAACUCGGCACUCUCAAAGAUUAUCUGGGAGGUCUUUUUGGGCUGUAAUAUGGCUUUUGGACAGGAACUUGAGUAUGAUGUGCUAGUUCACGUAGCCAGGCGUUUGAAUUUGGUUGAAGACUACCUUAAUUUCGCCGCUGUCUGCAAACCCUGGCAACUUGCGGCCACCAAGGAAAAUUUUAACAGUGACCUGCCUAGGGUUCCAUGGCUUAUGUUAGCCGAGGAAGAAGGAAGCGACGUUAAUUCAUGUAGAAAGUUCUUCAACCUCUGCAAUGACUUGAUUUUCAAGACGAGGAUACCAAAAGCCAACGGAAAAAGAUGUCUGGAGUCUAUGGGAUGGCUUGUCACAGUGGAUUUGGGAAUAGACGGUGAAAUUAGUCUGCUGCAUCCUUUUUCCGGUGUUCAGAUUGAACUGCCUCAUCAAAAUACCACUGAAGAUUGUACCCGCAACAAGACUCGAUAUAUAUGGAAUUUUAUUGACAAGGCUGUUUUGUCGGCUAGUCCUUCUAAAACAUCAGAUUAUGUUCUUAUGGUUAUUGAGGGAGAAAAUAAGUACCUCAGUUUUUGGAGGCCAGGAGACUUGAAAUGGACCAGGAUUAGAAGAGAAAACUAUGACCCUCAUUCUUGUGAUCAACAUUGCGAUGUGGUUUACUUUAAUGGCAAAUUUUAUGCAGUUGAUAUGCAAGGCAAUGUGCUAGUUUGCAAUGUUACUAGUGCUGAGGCUCAAAAAGUAGCUCAGUUGCCUUCAUCAAUGGAUAUCUAUCAAAUGGGAUAUCACAGGAGAGCUGAAUACUACAUCUUAGAAUCACUAGGAUCAUUACUUGUAGUUGUGCGACAUGGUAGUUUGGGAAUGCCCAGGUUUCCAUUCACACCUGUCUUUGAGCGUGAAGUUUAUGAUGAUGAGGAGGUCCGGCUCAUUUUUCAUACAAAUUCUUUUCGAGUUUACGAGGUUGAUUUAGCUGCUGGUACAUUGACGGAAACCAAACAAAUAGGGGACAGGGCUAUCUUUUUGGGUGCUAAUGCAUCUCUGUCAGUCCAAGCUUCUCAAUUUCCUGGAGUUAACCCCAAUUGUAUUUAUUUUACUGAUGAUUUUUAUGAACAAUACAGUGACUAUGUAGAAGGGGGCGGCUUGGACAUGGGUAUUUUCAAUAUAGCAGAUGGCACCUUGAAGGGUCAAUUUAAGUCUCUUUCCCGAAAUCGUUUUACUCCACCGAUGUGGGUCACACCGACUCUGUGUUGA